UGCCCCAUACCGAAGGCAGCCCCAAAUACUGAAGGAAACAAAUACAAAUAAAUAAAUAGUAGUUUUAAUCGAGUUGUGGACAUCACUAUGUAGUCGAUAGUUGGUGAUUGAUUUCCUCCGUCAAAUUAGUGACUCUAUGCUCUAUGUUUGUCACUUUUGUUUGUCAGUUGUCUAUGAUUUAUUGAGUUUUCGUCUUGUGCUGUGUGGUGUUGUAAACAUUAUAAAAUUGGUGAUUUUUAGUAAGAAACGAGUUAGCUUGUGCAUUUGUGUAGUAAACAAGUAGUAGAACAUAUAUAUAGUGCAAUCUACUUCUGCUAUAAUCUUGUUCCUGUGUCUUAUAAGAAGUAACCUUAUUACUGCAGUGAAUACUUCUUGUACACCAUGGAAAACGACGAAAUCGGUAAUGAUUUAGUGCGUUUAGACAAUGGAUAUCUUGUCGACGAAGAGAAUAACAUACGUUGCGAAUAUGUCGUAAACUCUGAUGAUGUGUUGGAUGAGGAGAAUAACUCUGAUUCUGGAAGUAAAAAUGCUCCGCUGCGGGAACAAGAUAGGUUCCUGCCUAUUGCAAACAUUGCUAAAAUCAUGAAGAGAGCUAUACCUGAAAAUGGAAAAAUUGCCAAAGAUGCAAGGGAGUGUGUCCAGGAAUGCAUAUCGGAGUUCAUAUCAUUCGUUACAAGUGAGGCUAGUGAUCGUUGUCAAGUUGAGAAGAGGAAGACGAUUAACGGAGAAGAUGUCUUGUUUGCAAUGAAUGCACUGGGCUUUGAUAACUAUGUGGAGCCACUGAAGUUAUAUCUCAAGAAGUAUCGAGAGAUUGUGCUGUCUCCCGUCACAGUGACGAAGUUAAACAAACCAAUAAUAGUUUAUGGAGAAGACGGAUCAGCAUGUUUACAAGCUGAGAGUGAGAGUGAACAGACGACAGAUUCAGCAGUGCUGUACCCAUACAAAGAGUUAAAAGUUAUCGACGAUUUUACCAUCUCAUGAAUCAGUAGACCGUACCUAAGGAUAACAUUAUCAAGUUUCAGACGAUUAAUGGAAAUAUUUAACUCUAAUUAAUAAUAUCAUUAUUAGGGGCUAUGGCACUUGAGUUUGCCACUGGGGGUUAGUGUGGCCUAUGGUCUAUUAAUCAAGACAUUGAAUAACUUUUCACUGCCACAAUGAUCACACAAACAGGAUCAAAGCCAGCUAGCGCCACCUACCAAGCAGAAAGAACACUAACCCUCUAUGUAAUAGGUAUGUAUUAGUAUCCAAAAACCGAAAGACUGUCAUAGAAAAAGUACACAAUUUUACAACAACUAUAUUCAAAUGACAUAAAGUCAUAAAGACCAUUGUAUUGACAGUAGUUUCAAAUUAUCCUGGUUGAGUGAGUAAGUUGAUGUCUUCCUGAAUGAUUUUUAAAGUAUUGUGGUAUUGAACAUCCACCUUAUGUUGACCUCUUAUACCAUAAGAAUGGAGUUAGGUACUUAGAACAAUGAAAUUGAAAACCUAGAUGGAUUUUAAUAAUAAAAUAACAAUUUUAAGAAAAUGUUUACACUUAAAAGUGCUGUAUUUUGUUCACGUGUAUAUGUGUGUAUAAUGGUACCAGUUUAUAAAAUACGCUUACCACAUAGGGAGCUGUUUAUUGCGUUACACAAAGCAUAGUGUAAACAUUUAAAUUUUAAUACCUGGAAUAUAUUAAAAAAAAAAAACAUUGCCCCACACUAGGAUUUUCUCCUGU